AUGGCAGCCGCAGCCCAAGCCAAAGCCCAAGCCAAAGCCAAAGCCAGAGCAUCACUGGAGCGACCUUGGGUGACGCCGAGACGCGCGCGGCCGACCCUGCUCGCUCUUGUGCUCCUCUGCCUGCUGUCCUUGCUGUCCUUGCUGUCCUUCACCGCAGCCCAAGAGACCGCCACCGCGUCGCCUACGCCAUCGUCGUCGCAGCCAGACGCCCUGUCAUGGAGCGUGGAGUACGUGUGCAAUGCGAAUCCAACCAGCCCCAUUGCCAUCUCACAGCAAAGCGCCACCGCAGUCAGCUCGCGAGUCGCCGAGGUGGACGAUGUCCAUGUAUGGAUUUAUGGCGGCUCGAAUGUGGACGACGGCGCGCCAGUCACCGCUCUGAGACACUUGUUCAUUAACGACACCUUCUCCAAGACGACCGGAGAUCCGCUGCCCGCGCGGAUUGCUGCAGAGUGGCGGCACCCGAAUCAGACAGGAAACGUCCCUGCGAGCCGCGACCUCGCCGCAAUGGUCAUGCUGUCCUAUGGAACGGAAGCGUAUCUCCUGUUGGCGGGCGGCGCGGUUGGCGGCGGCGAUAUUGCGUUAAACAUGUCCAUGUACCGCAUUUCAACUGGGGUUUGGUCAGAGCCCAGCUUCAACAGCAAUCCGACAGCAGCAAUUCCGCCACAUCUCAAGGACCUGCAUAGCGACCCGUGGAAGCUGCUUGCCCGUGUCGGCGCAACAUUGACGCCUGUGCAAGUGGUCGAUUCUUCGCCCCCGGCGUCAGCAAUCAUGGUUGGUGGCAUGUCUUCCUCCGCUGGAGUCUGUAGCGACGCGAACACGACGCUUGCAAUCCACCUCAAUGCCGCAGAUCCGACAUGGGAAGUCAUAGACCUCGAGACCGCGCCUCCCUGCCUGCCAGCCCCAGUCGUGUCUCAGCACUCCGCCGUGUACUCGACAAAGAAGACCGUACUAUUUGUGUUUGGCGGCCGCAACUGCAGUUCUGAAACGUCAGCGCUCCUCUACAAGUUCGACCUGAUGUCGUCUUGCUGGACGGAACUCUGCCAAACCGCUGCGUGCCGAGCAAGCAGGCCACCGCCACUGUUCAGUCACUCGGCUGUGUUGGUGAACAACGGCCGCGACAUGUUUGUGGCCGGCGGCUUUUCCGACCUCGGAACCAACCAGGAUGUCUGGUAUUACAGCGUCCAGUUUGACAUGUGGCAACGAGUCAAGCUCGAUCCCCGCUCCCCCUUGUUUCCUUUCAGCAUGACUGCCAUGUUUGACUACAGCGGCCACAUUGUUUUGCCUGGAGUCACCUUGGACGACCAAUCCCCCAGUCAGUAUUACGGAACGUUUCUCAACCAGCUGCACCAAUGUGACGACCUUUCGGUUUGCCAAACCCCGCCCCUGCAUCACCUUCCCCUCCAGAGGCCGUACCCGCUCUACCCGCCCAGUCCAGCAAGUUCAUCCCCUCCCGCAAGUUCAUCCCCUCCGCCGUCCACUUCUGCUGCAGUCACGUUCACGGAUUUCCUUGGCUCGACAUCCACUUCUACUGCAUCUACAUACACAGAGUUCACUCGCUCAGCAUCCGCGUCUGCUUCAUUUCUGCCUUCGCCGUCGGCUUCACUCGCGACUCCAACGGCGGUCAAUGCCACCUCCGCCGCCUCGGACACUCCGACAUCCUUCUCAGCAACGCUUCCCCCAGCAUCCUUCGUCUCAACAACGCCUACCCCAAAAUUCCCCUCCUAUGCCACGCCCACCCCAACGUCCUCCAAUUCCAACACGACAUUUUCCUCGACGGAGAAUUUGAGCGCCGGCGAGACGUCCGCCGUUGUGGGCAUUCUCAUUGCCUCGGCAGCCGGUGUGGUUGCGACCGUCGGUUCCCAUGUGGCUGCUGCAAUGGCUUUGAUGAGCGGCAGCAAGCGGAAGGCGAGCCUGCUGGAUCGCGACGACGUGUUGAUCUUUGCCGUCUUGAUCUCCUCGGCUCGCGAAGGCUUGCUCGACCCCAUCAUGGUUUUACUCGAGCAGGAGGAUGUGCGCGAGCGCAUCAUCAACGAAACAGACCAGCAAGGCGCAACCGCCCUCCUGCACGCCACGGCCGCAGGCCACUUGAACGUGAUGGCAGCACUCCUUGAGCGCGGCGCCUCCAUUGGCAUGCCCAACGAAGAAGGAAUGACGGCGUUGCAUCUUGCGUGCGAGUACCGCCAGCAUGAGGCUGCCAUGUUCCUCAUCGAGAAGAGCGCGCCGCUCGAAGCACGCGACAUGGACGGCCAAACUCCCUUGUUCACCGCCUGUGCUGUUGGAGACGCUGUGCUUGUGGGCCAGCUGCUUGACAAGGGCGCCAACAUGGACAGUUCUGACAGCUCUGGCACGAGCCCACUCAUGCUGGCCAUCCAGUACGGGUUUGAGGAGGUGGCGCUGUUGCUUUUGGCGCGCGGUUGCAACCCAAACAUUGAGGAUCGACGUGAAUGGACUGCGCUGCACUGGGCAGCCGCUACCAACUGCUGCAGCGUGGUGGAGGCCAUCUGCACAGACUACCUCUAUCAGGUGCGAAUCGAGUCGGUGACCAACGAUGGCCGCACCGCCCUCGACCUGGCCACACGCGAAAGCCACCAGCACGCCAUUCUCAUGCUGGAAGCCGCUGCGCGUGCUGUCGCAACCGGCGAAAAGUUUGUCGCCGACCCCACCAUGAUAUCGCCACAAUCGGUGUCUGUCAGUGGCGGUGGCAGCAGCCAUCGCAGCGUUGCCAGCCCAACGACGACAGUGCAUACUUCAGACGUGUCCACCGGCGUGACUUCGCCCAGCAUUUCUGUCUCGACAACGGUGCCGUUGGGGCUCGAUCCCGACCUGUUGGCAGGUGUGGCCGACUUGCAAACGCUCCUCUCCCCCGACAACCUGGACGGCAUCGAUGCCACGAUGGCGGUUGAUCACGACGUGGACUUGAUGCGCCUGCUCGUGGGCUCGCCCAGCUUGAGUCCUGAGACGACGUCGUCCUUGCAAUUUUCCGACUCUCUGCCCCAUGAGCUCCUGGACAAUCGUCACUUGCUUGGCGCACCGUCGAACGCGGGGCUGUCCCAACCAAACGAACUGUCACCUCUGUCGCUUUCUCCAGCGGCCUCGCACAGCGUGUCGGUGAGUGCCAGCUCGAGCUCUGGGCUCUCGUCCCCGAGUCGGCUGCUGCCUGGCACGCAGUCCCCUGUCGAGCCGAAGCCACGCGGCCGCCCGAAAGCCAAUGCCACUGCGGCAAGCGCCGCGGCAGUGGUCAAACCAGAGCCGCCGUCGUCCGACGCAGCCGGCGUUGGCCUCUUCAACACGGUUCCCGGCAGCUCAAUCGCGAGCACGCUCGGCCACGAUCCCAACUCGAAAGUGUGCCUGCACUGCGGCCUGACCAAGACGCCGCAGUGGCGCAAGGGUCCUGAUGGCGACACGUCGCUGUGCAACUCGUGCGGCCUCAAGUACGUGCGCAAGAUCAAAAAGCUCCGCGACAAGGGCAUGUCCGAACAGGAGGCACUGGCGCUCGCUGCCCUGCCGCCCACAAAGCGUCCGCGUCGCAAGCGGUCGUCGCGCAACGGAUCCCGCGAUGGCUCCAAGUCCAACUCUGCCCAGGUUUCGCUUUCCGCCGGCACGGGCCAGCCCAUCCUCGCGGAGGCCACGACGCUCGCCCUAGCUGCGCAGCAGCUGCAAAACUCGAUUGCCAGCCCCCUCGGCGGACAGAGCGCCCUGGAUCGCUUGUUCGACCCCUCCAGCCCCUCCCACAACUUUGAUCUCCGGCAGUUUGACGAAGGCGACGAAGAUGACGACGACGACGAUGAUGAUGAUGAUGGCGAUGCGCAGGUGAAUCAUUUGCUGCACUCCAUCCAGCCGAUGCAAUUUUGA